CUCGUUCUUUUUUCUUUUUUUUUUUGUCUUGUCGAGACUAGUCCUUUCUCUCUCAGCAGAACAAUGGCUUCGACGGCUACGACUACUGAUUUUUUCAAACCUCUCCCCUCUCCUUUCUCCAAUGGUAACGCGGCUCAAACAAGUAGUAGACAUAGCGUGGUAUGGUUAAAUCGGAAGAACACUGGUUACAGGUCUCUUCGUGUUAAUGGAUUGUUCGGAGGUGGGAAGAAGGACAAUAAAGAGGAUGGCCAAUCAAAGGCAGGAAUUCUUGGUAAUAUGCAAAAUCUGUAUGAGACUGUGAAGAAAGCUCAGAUGGUCGUUCAAGUAGAAGCUGUUCGAGUGCAGAAGGAGCUAGCUGUUGCUGAAUUUGAUGGUUACUGUAAAGGCGAGCUUGUUAAGGUGACAUUAUCAGGUAACCAGCAACCAAUUCGCACUGAUAUCACUGAUGCAGCAAUGGAAUUAGGUUCCGAAAAAUUAUCACUACUGGUCACGGAAGCAUUCAAGGACGCACAUGCAAAGAGUGUAUUGGCUAUGAAAGAGAGAAUGAGUGAUCUUGCGCAGAGUUUAGGGAUGCCACCGGGCCUUGAUGGAUUAAAGUAACAAAACUUGAAUCUUUUUGUGAUUUCACUCAACUUCCAGGUAUGAGAAGUCCAGUUUUGGUUUUGUAUAUCAGGCACACAAAAAAAAAAAAGCUCUGUUCUGAUAAAUUAAAGAGAGAUAUUUGAACCUUUGUACUUCUUUGAAUA